UUUUAACCUUCGUUACGAGUUGAUCUCAACCUUCAUUUACAAGUUCUGCGAACUUCUUCCGCUCUCUUAUACACAACACUCAUUCCACCUAUCCAGCCAAACAACCAAUAGCCAAAAUGCAGACCAAAACCCUCCUCAUCGCCUUCCUGGCAGCCACCUCCGCCUCAGCCGCGGCCAUCAACGGGCGCCAAAACAACCAGAACAAAAACAACCAAAACCAGAACAACAACAACAACAAAAACGCCGCCGCCGGCGCAGCAGCCGGCAACGCCAACGCCAACGCAGCCGCGGACUUCGGGCAAUGCACACCCACAAUGUCCUUCGAGCUCGGGCGAGCGGGGCGCAAAGCGGACGAAGGGACGUUUCUCCCGACCGACGCGUUGGUAGCGAAGGGACAGCAAGACGCGCUGAACCCGAGCAUAAUCAUGAACCGGAUCUGCGACCAGCUGACGAACGUGUGCGAAGCGAACGACGCGGCGGUGGCGGCGUGCGAGGCCGCGCAGGCUAGUACCGAGGCGCUGGGGACUAAGGAUGCGACGACGGCGGAUGCUUUUAAUGCCGCUUUGGGGUUCUAGGUUGAUUAAGACUUUGGUCUUGAUGAGUUAUGAUUUGUUAAAGGGGGAGGGGAUGUAGGGGGCUUGGCUGGUUGCUGUUGCUUCUGGGUAUCAAGAUGGUGUUAUGAGGAUGAGG